ACGCAGAACUGCAGGCUCGCGCUGCUUAGAAACGAGCGACUCAUUUACCUGGACUGAAGCCGCCGCGAGACGCACCCGCUCCCAAAAUAUCACUAUUUCCCUCUUAGUAAUCAUCUUUUAUAUCACUAUACUGCACUGACUAGAGUCUGCUGCACUGAGAUUUCCUGGGACGAGCAGGACUUCAGUGGGGUAAAGGAGUUCAAGCACUUUCAUUAGAGGAAUACGUCCAGGAUCUGUUGGAUUUUGGGAGUUUUUGUUCUGCUGUUGGUUUGGCGAGGCGGUGGAGCUGUUUUAAAGACUGCGAUGCAUCGCUUAAGGACUUGCGCUGCUCGACUGCGGCCGCUCACAGCCUCUCAGAACGCUGCUAGUUUCUCACAACACAGGCCGGCGGUGGUGCACGGGGCCCGGAGGACGUUUCAGCCAAUCAGGAACUACACGGCCCCUGUCACCGCCGAGCCUUUUCUCAAUGGGACGAGCUCCAACUAUUUGGAGGAGAUGUAUUACGCAUGGCUGGAGGAUCCCAAGAGCGUGCACAAGUCGUGGGACAUCUUCUUCCGUAACGCUAACGCUGGCGUGGCUCCAGGUUCUGCCUACCAAAGUGUUCCUCCAAUGGGGCUCUCAGGACUCUCUCAGUCGCAGGCGCUGAUUGGAGCACAGCCCAAUGUGGAGAAACUAGUGGAAGACCACCUGGCUGUGCAGUCCCUCAUCAGAGCAUAUCAGAUUCGCGGACACCACGUAGCGCAGCUGGAUCCUCUGGGCAUUUUGGAUGCAGAUCUCGAUUCGUGCGUCCCUGCUGAUAUAAUCACGUCCUCUGAUAAACUCGGCUUCUACGGGCUGGAAGAAACGGAUCUGGAUAAAGUUUUCCGGCUUCCCACCACCACCUUCAUCGGGGGCAGCGAAACUGCGCUUCCUCUCAGGGAAAUCAUUCACCGCUUAGAGAUGGCCUACUGUCAGCACAUUGGUGUGGAAUUCAUGUUCAUCAAUGAUCUGGAGCAGUGCCAGUGGAUCCGGCAGAAGUUUGAGAAGCCCGGAGUGAUGCAGUUUACUCUGGAUGAGAAGAGGACACUGCUGGCCCGUAUGGUGCGCUCCACCAGGUUUGAGGAGUUCCUGCAGAGGAAGUGGUCAUCAGAGAAGCGUUUCGGCCUGGAGGGAUGCGAAUCUCUCAUUCCUGCGCUCAAAACCAUCAUCGACAAAUCCAGUGAGAACGGCGUGGAGAAUGUCAUCAUGGGGAUGCCGCACAGAGGCCGUCUGAAUGUUCUUGCUAAUGUGAUCCGUAAGGAGCUGGAGCAGAUCUUCUGCCAGUUUGACUCCAAGCUGGAAGCAGCAGACGAGGGCUCCGGUGAUGUGAAGUAUCAUCUGGGCAUGUACCACAGACGCAUCAACCGCGUCACUGAGCGUCAGAUCACACUGUCUCUGGUGGCCAAUCCUUCACAUCUGGAGGCUGUGGAUCCUGUGGUGCAGGGAAAGACCAAGGCGGAGCAGUUCUACUGCGGGGACACAGACGGAAACAGGGUGAUGUCCAUCCUUCUGCAUGGAGACGCAGCCUUCGCCGGUCAGGGAAUCGUCUACGAGACUUUCCACCUGAGCGACCUGCCCUCAUACACCACACACGGCACCAUACAUGUGGUCGCAAACAACCAGAUCGGCUUCACGACGGACCCCCGUAUGGCGCGCUCCUCGCCGUACCCCACCGAUGUGGCCCGAGUGGUGAAUGCACCCAUCUUCCAUGUGAACGCAGAUGACCCGGAGGCCGUGAUGUACGUGUGUAACGUGGCUGCAGAGUGGAGAGCCACCUUUCAUAAAGACGUGGUGGUGGAUCUGGUGUCCUACAGACGGAACGGCCACAACGAGAUGGACGAGCCCAUGUUUACUCAACCGCUGAUGUACAAACAGAUCAAGAAGCAGAAACCUGUUCUGCAGAAAUAUGCGGAGAAGCUGAUCGCAGAAGGAGCUGUGACCAGACAGGAAUACGAGGAGGAAAUCUCCAAGUAUGAUAAGAUCUGUGAGGAGGCGUACAAUCGCUCGAAAGACGAGAAGAUCAUGCACAUCAAACACUGGCUCGACUCACCUUGGCCAGGUUUCUUCACUCUGGAUGGUCAGCCGAAGACCAUGAGCUGUCCGUCCACUGGCCUCAGUGAGGAAACUCUGGCGCACAUCGGGCAGACGGCUUCAUCCGUUCCUGUGGAGGAUUUCACUAUACAUGGAGGUCUGAGCCGUAUCUUGAAGAGCCGGUCGCUGAUGGUGCAGAACCGCUCUGUGGACUGGGCUCUGGGCGAAUAUAUGGCGUUCGGUUCGCUGCUGAAGGAGGGCAUUCAUGUGCGGCUCAGCGGGCAGGACGUGGAAAGAGGAACAUUCAGUCAUCGGCAUCACGUACUCCACGAUCAGAAUGUGGACAAGCGGACCUGCAUCCCUAUGAACUACAUGGACCCUAACCAGGCGCCCUACACAGUGUGCAACAGCUCUCUGUCAGAAUAUGGAGUUCUCGGUUUUGAGCUUGGCUUUGCUAUGGCGAGUCCGAAUGCUCUGGUGCUCUGGGAGGCUCAGUUUGGGGAUUUCCACAACACUGCGCAGUGCAUUAUUGACCAGUUCAUCUGCCCCGGCCAGGCCAAAUGGGUUCGGCAGAACGGCAUCGUGCUGCUGCUGCCACACGGCAUGGAGGGCAUGGGCCCGGAGCACUCAUCCGCCCGGCCUGAGAGAUUCCUGCAGAUGUGCAAUGAUGAUCCUGAUGUUUUCCCGAAAAUCACGGAGGACUUUGCGGUCCGGCAGCUGUAUGACUGUAACUGGAUCGUGGUGAACUGCUCCACUCCUGCAAACUACUUCCACGUGCUGCGCAGACAGAUCCUGCUGCCCUUCAGAAAACCACUCAUCAUCUUCACACCGAAAUCUCUGCUGCGCCACCCAGAGGCCAAGUCCAGCUUCGAGGAGAUGCUGCCUGGCACACACUUCAGCCGGCUGAUCCCAGAGCAGGGCAGUGCGUCUCAGAGCGCAGCAGGCGUUCAGCAUCUGAUCUUCUGCACUGGGAAAGUGUUUUAUGAUCUGCAGCGAGAGAGGAAGAGUCGAGGCCUGGAGGAGCGCGUGGCCAUCAGCCGCAUCGAGCAGCUCUCUCCGUUCCCGUUUGACCUGGUGAAAGCGGAGGCUGAGAAGUAUCCGCAUGCGCAUCUGCUCUGGUGUCAGGAGGAGCACAAGAAUCAGGGAUAUUAUGAUUAUGUCAAGCCCCGCAUCAGCACCACCCUCAACAACACCCGUCCUGUCUGGUAUGUGGGCCGAGAUCCAGCUGCUGCUCCAGCUACAGGAAACAAGAAGGCUCAUCUGCUGGAGCUGCAGCGCUUUCUAGACACGGCGUUCAACCUGGAGGCUUUCCAGAGCGCGUCAUAACAGCACACACACACACACACCUCCGUCCCGCAAACACACUCGAUAUUAGCAUCAGAAGGCAAGCUGGCAGCUAUUGAGAAUAAAGCACUGUAGUCUAUGCAGAAUCUCCCGCAAGCUUUAACUGCUCCAGGAUCAGUGUUCCUGCAUGAUCUGAGGGAAGGCAUGCUGAUGGAGGCCUGAAAUAAUGCUCAGAUUCAACCACAGGUUCCCCUUCAGGACGACAUCAAGGGUCAGUUCACGCAAAUAUGAACAUGUCCUGUUCAUUUACUCACCCACAAGUGAUCCAAGAGGAGUUUUAUUCCUUCAGUUGGACAUUAGAGAAGAUUUGGAGCUGAAUGUGUGGCGAUUAGUGAUUAUAAUGGCAGUGAAUGCUCACAGGUUAUUUAGAUUAAAAAUAAA